AUGAAAAAAGGAACAAAUCCUCAUCCAAAGCGAAGCGAUUUGCAGGGAAUACGCGGAUUCGCAAUAAUUUCAGUUUUAGGAUUUCAUUAUUUUCCAAAAUAUUUUCCAAAUGGGUAUCUAGGAGUUGAUCAAUUUUUUGUGUUAUCUGGGUUUCUUAUGUCCAUGUUGCUCAAUCGGACAAGAAAAUUGCCGAUUUUGACAAUUCUAUCAGACUUUUACAUUCGACGUUUUAAACGGAUUCUUCCUCUUUAUUUUAUGUUCAUUUUUGGCUCAAUUUGUGCUCUUUACACGUGUUUUCCUAACACAGCGAUUUUUUUGAAUCAAUCAUCGGCUCAAAAAGCUUUGAUUUUCGAGUCAAAUAGGCCGCAUACUGGAGAGGAAAAUUAUUUUGAAAAGCUCUCAAUCGCAUCGGAUCUCUUCACUCAUACAUGGUCUCUAUCAGUUGAAAUUCAAUUUUAUAUCAUAGUUCCAGUUAUUUUCAUAAUAGGAAACAAGUUCAAAGGUGCCUCCAAAUAUGGAUACUAUGCUAUUCUUGCUCUGCUAUCUUUCAUUCUCUUUGCUUCAUACCCACCUCCACAGUCUUUCAACAGUGUUUUUGCUAGAACUUGGCAAUUUUUAAUAGGAAUGAUUGCUUUUUUGUGUUCAAAACCUUCGAGAAUAGUUGAAACACAAGACGGAAAUUCCAUGAGAAUUGAAGAACAAUUAAAGCAAUGUUUAUUAAAAGAAGGAAACUCGGAAACUCAUACUGAAAACUUGGAUAAUUUAACCAAAACAUGGAAUUUGAUUUCUAAAUAUAUGAUUUUGAUGUCAUUUACUGUCACAUUGAUUCUUCCUUGCCCACUGGAAUCAAUUUUUGUGAGACCAUUCUUCACAAUAUUCACUGGAGUUUUAAUUCUGCUAUCCGUAGAAGAUAUAAUUUUAAAUUCCCGUCUUCUAAUAUAUCUCGGAAAUAUUUCAUAUUCCUUGUAUUUAAUUCACUGGCCAAUGUAUGCAUAUGUCAAGUUAACAUUUGGAGAUAAUAAUUUUAUACUUGCUGAAACUAUGUUGGUAUCGAUUUUCUUGGCGGCAAUUGUACAUGAAAGCUAUGAAAAAUGGUACCUGAAGCAGUCAAAUUCAACUGUCUGUAUUCUAAUUAUUGUGUUAUUUAUUUCCAGUACAAUUUUGAUUAACAAAGACGAGAUUGGUCAAAAAAAUCAACACAGCACUUCUGGAAAAUCUGGAUGGCCUCGAUUGGAUGCUCUAAAUGAUAACAUGACAUUCGAUGAUGCUGAAAGAAUGAAUGCAUAUUGGAAUCAACAUGAUCAUAUGGCACCAGAAUUACAAGAGCCAAAUUGUAUAAAAAUGAGCCAAAAUCAUGAAAGAUGGUGUCAAUUUAAGGAAAACGGAACAGAAUAUCACAUAGCUCUUUUUGGAAACAGUUACACCAAAAAUCAUCAUAAAAUGUUCAUUCAAGAGUGUAAACACAGAGCAUACAGGAUAUCAAUGGACGAUGAAACCGGCUGUGAACCAUUAACUUCCCCCACGGAUAAUGCCGCUUGUAUUAAGAAAUUGCCAGAAUUUGUAGAAUUUAUUGCGGAGACUCAGCCAGAUUAUGCGUUUAUGUUUACAAGAUUUUUCGCUGCCGCAAAUCCAUACAACAUCACGGAAAACGACCUGGAGCACGACAGAACUUAUCUGGAAAUGAGAAGUCAAUUGAGAAAAAUGCUGCCAAAUAUCAAAAAGAAGAUAUUUAUAUUAGACUCUAUACCCAGAGUUCAUCCAGAACAAAUUGACACUAUUGCAAAAAAUUUGAAAAGAAAAAGGAAAACAAUGGAGGAAAUUAAUAAAUCCUUAUACAACCCAUCUGGCUUUGAACGUGGCCGACGUCGUCAUGCUGAACUAUUGGAAAAAGAGUGUAAUUCAAAAUGCGAGUUAAUCGAUUAUUUGCCAGAAUUUUGGAACAAAACGAUGAACGCAUUUCAAUAUUUUGAUGCACGUGGAUUCUCAUAUUUCACUUCUCCAUUUCACAUUUCUGCACAUGGAAUUGAACAUGUUAGACAUAUUUAUACGGAUAUUUGUAAUAGAUUAUAGUUAUUUUGUAGAUUUUUUGUUUGUUGGUGCUGAUGAUAAAUUAAUAAAUAGUGCAUACAAAUA